AUGUGACACUGCUGGGGCCGCUUCACACCGAAGAACUUCUUUGAUAUAGUGUAAUUUUUUGUAAGGGAUAGGAUUUCGUUGUUUAUUUGAAGUACUGAUUGGAUAAGGUCUCUUGCGUAGACGUAGACUAUUGUAAAAGCUCAUCAUAAGGAUGGAAAAGAAUAAGCACUCCCUAUUGUGUCUGCUCAUAGUUCUCCAGUGUGGGAUGGCCUUAGGACAGAAGACUUCAAAUGUGGAUGAGUUACUUAACUGGUGUUUGGAUGCAAGGCACCACAAAAAGUUGCCUGGACCAGAAGGGGAUCUUUUUAAACAGUGUACUCCAUGGAAAACGCGAUCUUGUUGCACAGAGGAAGUUACAAGGAAAAUUCAUGAAGACAGUCUUUACAGUUUUAAUUUUAAUCACUGUAUGCAUCAGACAAAGAAGGAAAUGUCACGUGAAUGCCACAGACACUUUAAACAGGACCACUGCUUCUAUGAAUGCUCUCCAAAUGUUGGUCCCUGGGUUGUGUCGGAAAAACGAUCAUGGCGGAAAGAACGUUACUUCAAAGUCCCACUCUGUGCAAGUGACUGUGAAGCAUGGUUCAACAGCUGUGCAGAUGAUUACACUUGUACAGACAAUUGGUCACGGAAUUUUGAUUGGCUUGAGAGUUCACAGUGUACUUCGGGUACAAAGUGCAAAACCAAUUUUUGUCCCAAGGGGUCAGACUGCAGGACAUUCAAGGAGAUUUACCUGACUGCUCAGAAUUUCUGUGAAAAAGUUUGGGAUGAUGCAUGGGAAUACACAAAUGACAGUAGCCCAUGCAUGCGAUUGUGGUUUGAUGGAAUUAGAGGAAACCCCAAUGAUCUAACUGCUAAACAUUAUGCCUUUGCAAUUGCAGGAGCAGAAUCUCUCUCAGGCAGUUUGCAAUUCUUAAUUGCUGUGAUAGUUUUAAUAUGGACUGUUUAUUAAUUGUACUGCCAGUACUCACACUGUUUGGUUUAGAAUUGUAAGUGUACCAUAUCGAGAAGGGAAUGUUAUUCUGUAACAUAAAUCAUACAUUUUUUAAAGAAAAUGAUUCUAAAAUACUUACAUUUAGCGACUUACAUUCUAAAAGUAACAUGUUUGAAAACUAAUGUUUGGGUUUCGUAAUGAAUUUCUAAAUUAAACCUUAUGACAACCCAAGAAUGAAAGACAUAAUAUUAUGUUUAAGCAGUAAUUGACUCAGGUAUUUUUUGAACAGGUAAAAGGCACCAUUCCAUCCCUGUAGGCUAUGUAAGAUAUAUUACUUUGUACUUAAAAUCUAAAUACUUAAACUGUUGAUGGUUCAGAGAGCACAAUCAUUUAUAUUUUUUUAUACUAAACAAUGAUGUGAUUAUUACAGCCUUCCCUUUGCCCUGGAAUUACCAUAAAAUCCCCUUUGCCCUGGAUUUACCAUAAAUCAAGCUCAGUUCUUUUCUACAAGAAUUUAUAUGCACUUUUAGUAUAAUCGUAAUUUCAUUUUCAGCUUAUAAACUCUUCUUGCAUAAUAAGUGGUUACCUAAUAUUUUUUGUGAUAUGAGGUAUGAAAGUGAAUGAAUGAGUUUUGUGUAAAACAAGUAAUUAAAGUUGCAGUAUUACAUCUUCAUCAGAAUUAUAUGAUAAUUCUCAUAAAGACGUAAUAUUAAAACAUCUCUUGUGCUGAAAAGUCUUUCAUUCAUAUUUGUACCUUUUCUAACUUUGUUAGAGUGAACUCUGUACAGUUUGUUGUGAGAUUAUUAUUGUUUUUUUAUGAUUAUAAAUUUAAGUACUGGGAAAGGGCACUGCCAUUCUUUAAGCAAAAAGUUGGAAAUGCUUGAUGCAUGUAUGAAGUGCAUGUAUUUAAGAUUUUUAUUUAAAAGAGACUUUUUAAAGUACAAUACAGAAAUAAUACUUUUAAAUGUACUUAUUGUAGUUAGAACAGUGUGAGUGAAAUUAAUAAUAUGACAGAAAAAUUUGUAUAUUCACCAUUUCAACUCAAAUAUUUAUAUUGAGAAUGAAUCUGGUUAAUAGUGGUUGUAUAUGACAACUUAUAUACUGUUGCAUGUGUGUCAACCAAGUACAGGAAGGUGUGUAGUUUUAUUAUUUGAUUUGAUAUUAAUCAAAACAAUUUUUAAUAUAUAUGUGUAUGUAUUUUGUAGAAAAUUAUGGGCUUAAGGUGUAAUUAAUGUUGAAGUUUGUAUGAAUAUAAAUACUCACAGAGAAAUAAUACAAGUUAAUACUCAAGAUGAUAUUAAAAUGGGAGGGUGUAUUGCAAUCCUUUUUUGCUCUCUCUUUAAUGAUAAACUUGAUACACGUAAUGUCCCACUGACCAUGAUUUGCCGGUUUACGUGCUUACCUUCCAAUACUGAAGGCUAGCAUUUGCAAUCAAAAACUGGUACGUGUUAGGUACAGAGCAGUUCUAAAGUCAGUCCUGAGAGGGCAUCCUAGUUCGAAAUGGGAGAGUUGCAGGUAUGAAGCAGGGUUUACUAUCCUUAUUGUAAGUAUAUAUUUGUUGAUGUGAUAAGGUAAGUUGUUCUUCUUCUUCUUGAUAUUAUUAUUGUUAUUGUUAUUGUUUAUUAUUAUUAUUUUUUUGUUAUUAUUUUUGUUAUUAUUUCUUACA